UUCCUGUGGGGUGCAACGUGUGUGUCAGAACAAGAGAGAGAGAGAGAGAGAGAACCUCCUCGUCUAAUUUGAAGCUUUUCGUCUCAUUGAGCAGCAUUUUGAUAUAACUGAAAUCUUCAAGUGGAAAUAUUCAAAAAGUUGAUCUAUAAAUUAGAAAGCUCUAGAAACACACACAAAAACAGGCAUCCAAAAGAAAAUGCUCAGCAUGGGUGUCCAGGCCGUGCUCGUCGUCGUCCUCCUCGGCGUUGCUACCACGAAGGCUGAGGAGCCUGAAGUGGAAUUCUGGAGGACCAAAGUGACGCUGACCUGUCCAGAAGAGGGGAAUUGGUAUAAGUAUAGUGAAAGCCUCAAGAAUAAAAGUCAAGACUAUGAAUUCACAUAUACCAGUAAAGGCACAUACAGAUGUGAAUAUGGCUCUGAGCCAAAAUCUAAAUAUUAUUUCUAUGUUGAAGGAAAUGCGUGUGAGGACUGCUUUGAGCUCGAAGGAAACACAUUAUUUAUGGUCAUCGUCGGGGACUUACUCCUGACAAUAAUUAUGAUGGUCAUAGUCUACAGGUGCACUAACAAGAAAAGCUCGACUGGGCCUCCUCAACCUUCCAAAGCACCUCCUCGCUCUGGAGGCCGGGGUCCACCUGUCCCGUCUCCUGACUAUGAGGCACUGAACCCUCAAACUCGGGCCCAGGACACUUACUCCAUGGUCAACAGGAUGGGAUAGAAGCACUUCAACUAUCGACUCCGGGUCUCUGCACGAAUGAAGGAGAACAUUCACAAACAACACACAAGAGUAUCAGUCAUGAUCUGAGGAGCAUGCAGUGGCUUCUUCUGUUUUGAAUUUGAAGGGUCACCUUAACCAAAAACCAACACAACAAAUUUUCUCCGUUUCCCUUUGACUUAAGCAGGUAGAGUUCAGGCGGAAUUUGCGUUGAGAUUCAAAACUUACAGAUAUUUAAUUAAACAUUAUUUACUAUUAUAGUAUAGUAUAUAGUAUUUAAAUACAUUUUUUGUGGAAAAAAAAGUUAAAAUUACAAAUUAUAUCAAUGUAAAAACAAUUUUAAAUUCAGUACAAAGGAGACGUUUGUGUCUGUCGUCAAGUGGUUUGGAAAUGGUGAGUUGGUGCUGAUUUUAGAUGAAUCAGUGAUGAUCUGCCUGAUUUCUAAUAAAAUGAUAUUAGCAUUGUGACGUGAUGAGUGCCUGAAAAGCAGCCUGCAAAAAGUGAGCAAAAAAACAAAUGUAACACGAAACAUGUCCAACAGAAAGAAAGCGUUAGCACCGACAUUAACCUAAUGAACAUUACAAAUUUGUAUUUGUUGUCGUGAAUUGUUAAUGCCAACUUAAGCCAUUAUAUAUACCCAUUUGCAAAGAUGACCAUGAAGCACAUACAGUACGUAUACUUAUCUAAAAGGACUUUUCAGGGUAUAUCAAACAACAAAAUAUUCAAACUGAUACUGUAGACAGUUUUAAAUAUCAUUAUAUUGUGAGACAUAUAAACACAGGUUUCAGGCUAAUGAAAAAUAAAGACGCUGUCGGAGGCAAAAUUAAAGAAACCAAAUUUUUUGCGCUUAUUGUACAGGUUAUUAGGUGUACACACAAAUGCAAUACAGCACUGCAACACUGCAGGUUUGCUUUCUUGUUGCCUGUAAUAUUCAUGUUUUGCUUUAAAAUAUAUUGUUUUGCUACCGUCAUGAAGUUUCUAGUGUUAGUUAGUUGGUUAGUGGUAAGGGUGCACAGCGGCAAAUCAAUUUAUUACUGAAUUGACAUUGAAUUGGACCACAUCAGUCUGUAGAAGUGUACCUGAUAAUGCGGAUAGCCAAAUAUAUGUGUUUAUGGGGUAUGUGAGUAUUCAGAUCUUUUAAUCUUAACAUUGGCAGAAAGUGCUGUAAUUUAGAGCGAUAAAAUCAUAUUAUUUCAAAUAGACUUGCAUGUCUUGUACAUAUAUAAAUAGAGUAUAUGCAGCAUUUUAAGCUCUGACAUGUAAAAAGAGCAUCAGAUAUGUAACAUGCUGCACAGACCUUUGAGGCUUACUUCUUUGCUUCUUCUUUCAUUACAAUAUAAUGUGAUAACCUUUUUGUUACUGUAAUGGACAAUGUGCGUCAUUAAUAUAAUAAACCACAGUGAACACUGCUCUCA